UAUCUUUUAACUAACACUUCCUAUCCAAAAACAAGAGACUGUGUGUAGUUCACGAAAUCCAUCAAUGGAAACUCUGUUAAACCCAUCAAAAACCCCAAAUCUUUUUAUACCAAAAACCCAUCUCUUUAAACCCUAUUUUCUUCAUUCUAAUUUUAAUCCUCAACCCCAUAGUUCCUUCAACAGGAGACCUCUCUCAAUCACCAUUACUUGCAAAGUGAAAACCUCUCAAGGUCGUAAAAACGAUGGGAAGAACAUAUCUAAGAAGAUUGUAUUAACGGAUUCAGCUCCAGAACUGAGUAAUGAGGAAAUUAAAGCAAAGCCAAAGGGUGGAGGAAAAGCUUGGGGGGUUAUUAAGAAAUUUCCCAAAAGAGUUUUGGCCAUCUUGUCUAACUUGCCUUUGGCUAUUGGUGAAAUGUUCACUGUCGCUGGCCUUAUGGCUCUUGGUACUGCAAUUGAUCAAGGGGAAUCCCCUGAAUACUAUUUCCAAAAGUACCCUGAAGAAAAUCCAAUUUUUGGGUUCUUCACUUGGAGAUGGGUUCUUACCCUUGGAUUUGAUCAUAUGUUUUCAUCCCCAGUCUUCCUUGGAACUUUGAUUCUUCUUGGUACAUCACUUAUGGCUUGCACUUACACAACACAAAUCCCACUUGUUAAGGUCGCAAGAAGAUGGAGCUUUUUGCAGUCAGCUAAUAGCAUCCGAAAGCAAGAAUUCUCAGAUACCCUUCCUCAAGCAUCGGUUAGUGAUUUGGGUGUUAUUCUCAUGGGAGCUGGAUAUGAGGUUUUCUUGAAAGGGCCAUCAUUAUAUGCUUUUAAGGGACUGGCUGGUCGGUUUGCACCGAUCGGAGUACAUUUAGCAAUGCUGCUGAUAAUGGCAGGUGGAACACUUAGUGCAACAGGGAGCUUCCGAGGGUCGGUCACUGUUCCGCAGGGACUCAAUUUUGUUAUGGGAGAUGUACUGGGUCCAACCGGCUUUCUUUCCACCCCUACCGAAGCUUUCAAUACAGAAGUUCAUGUUAACAAAUUCUAUAUGGACUACUACGAUAGCGGAGAGGUUUCACAAUUUCACACCGAUCUAUCAUUGUUCGAUAUGAAUGGGAAGGAAGUAAUGAGAAAAACACUAAGUGUAAAUGACCCUUUAAGAUAUGGUGGGAUUACCAUAUACCAGACAGAUUGGAGUUUUUCGGCACUGCAGAUACUUAAGGACGGUGAAGGGCCAUUCAAUUUGGCAAUGGCACCUCUAACGAUCAAUGGAGACAAGAAGCUUUUCGGGACGUUUCUACCAGUAGGGGACACUGAUUCUUCUAAUGUCAAAGGAAUAUCGAUGCUUGCUCGGGAUCUGCAGUCUAUUGUCCUAUAUGAUAAACAAGGGAAAUUUGCUGGGGUGCGACGACCUAACUCUAAACUUCCUAUAGAGAUUGAUGGAACGAAAAUCGUCAUCGUCGAUGCAAUCGGAAGUAGUGGUCUUGACUUGAAGACCGAUCCGGGGGUCCCAGCAGUCUAUGCUGGAUUUGGUGCUCUAAUGCUCACAACUUGCAUCAGUUAUUUAUCUCAUGCACAGAUAUGGGCGUUGCAAGAUGGGACAACAGUAAUCGUUGGAGGAAAGACUAACCGAGCCAAGGCUGAAUUUCCAGAUGAGAUGAACUGCUUGCUUGAUCAGGUUCCUGAAAUAGUCGAGUCAUCCAUUUCCAAGAAACCAGAUAACAUUGGUGGCUAGUUUUCAAGGUGCCGGAAAGGCGAAAAUACGAGCAUUCAAGCUAGCCACAGUUUUCUAGUUUCUGGUACACUCAAGAUAUUGUUCAAUCUCAAUUACAUUCAAACCAAAGAAGGCAACAGUGCAUUCAACUGAGAUGUUAAGAACCCUAGUCAUGGACAAUACCAAAUCCACAACUUGGCAGCAAAGGAGCAAAUUUUGUUUAUGAAAUGUAUAGUUACAAAGAAUCCAACCCUAAUUCCAUAUCCCACUAAAUAGUAUAUUGAAAGUCAUGAGUUAAUGCUUCAAACUACCAAAACUAAUUUUUUUCAUAGCAAAACCAUUCUUUAUGGCUCCUUUUUGACAUUUUUGUAUAGUUAAUAUUAUUCUUUAUGGUUCCUAUUUGAUGUUUACAAUAAUAUGCCAAAUAUAAUGAAAACUAUUGAUGUUUUCUUAGA